AUGCAAAUCGAUUAAUAAUAAUAAUCUUCAUCAACUUAAGACAAGGAGGCUGAAAGUCCAAAAAAAAAGGAAGAAGUCUAAGUGAUAGUUUUUCCUCAGAAAUUCCUUAAUCCUCUCUUGACUUUUAGAAUGAAUGGGGUAUCUAGAAUAACCAAAUAAAUUCAAGGAUUUUCAUCUAUAUGCAGAUGCUCGCUACAUUCAAAGUCACAAUCCAUUAAAAAUUGGUAUUAGUUGCCAGAAUCCAUAUAAAAAAAUUACAAAUAUUGUUUUGGAUUAAUGCACUGAAACAAUCACUCUACAAUAUACAUAAUUAGAUUUUUCAUAAAUUCCCUGGGAAUAUGUAAUUAAAAGAUUAGAGAGCUAUGGAGAUUUCGAAAUGAACAAAUUAGGUUUAUACAUUAGGAAAUACAAUGAGUAGCUUAAUUCUGGUUUAAAUUAAGAAAAUAGUAAAAUGGUAAGAACUNAAUGA